CAGCAGAGUUGACUUUGCCUUGUUGUAAUUAUGCCGUGCAGCUGAGUGCCGUCCAUCAGGAGCAAUGUCUACCUAUAUCCUGGGUGUAGAUGUGGGCACCACGUCGGUAAAAGUCGUUUUAUUGGAAACUGGCUCCAGAUCGGUGGCUGCGAGUCACGCUUUGCCAACUACGUCUGAUUUAAUCGACCAUAGUUUGAUAAAGGCGAAAGAGCAGGAUACUGGCCGGAUCAUGGACACUCUGAACCGGUGCCUCGGCCUGCUGCCCAGAGACAAACUGCAGCGCGUCAUCCGCAUCGGGCUGUCCGGACAGAUGCACGGAGUCUUAUUCUGGAAAGCCAAGAGCGGUUGUGAUUGGUCCAAGAGGGAUUUCUUCGCAACCACACACACCAGUCAGCUGAUCACCUGGCAGGAUGGGCGCUGCAGCAGUGACUUCCUGUCCUCGCUUCCAAAACCAGAUUCACACGUGAGCGUGGCCACUGGGUUCGGCUGUGCAACGAUCUUCUGGUACAUGAGACACAGGCCGGAGUUCCUUGAGGAUUUCACAGUCGCAGGUACCAUCCAGGACUACGUGGUUGCCAUGCUGUGUGGUUUGGACGGGUGUGUGAUGACGCCGCAGAAUGCAGCCAGCUGGGGCUUCUUCAACACCUCCUCCAACCAGUGGAACAUAGACAUUCUGAAGGGUGCCGGCUUCCCUUUGCACCUGCUUCCUCAGUGUGUGCCAUCUGGUGGCUUGGCGGGACAGACGGGCUCCGACUGGCAUGGCGUCCCUGCUGGUACGCCAGUAGGGGCCGCCCUGGGAGACCUCCAGAGCUCUGUCUACUCCUGCAUGGGUGCACAGACAGAUGCAGUUCUUAACAUAAGCACUUCAGCCCAGCUGACCUACGCCAUGCCGGCUGACUUCAAACCUCCAGAGUCUCCUCAGCCGGCCUCCUCCAUCUCCUACUUCCCCUACUUUGAGGACUCGUACUUGGCGGUGGCGGCUUCGCUCAACGGAGGGAAUGUACUGGCCACUUUUGUGGAGAUGCUCACUUCCUGGAUGAAAGAGCUGGGUGCGGAGAUGAGGGAUUCCUGCUUAUAUGAGAAGCUGAUUCAUAGCGCCCUGAAUCAGGAAACCAGCGACCUGAGGGUGAGGCCCACCAUCCUGGGAGAGAGGCACGACCCUCUCUGCCUGGGUCAGGUGACCAACAUCUCCCCUACCAAUCUCUCUCUGGGUCAUUUGACCCGGGCACUGUGUCGCGGAGUCCUGGACAACAUCACGUCCAUGAUGCCCGCUGAACGUCUGCAGCGGGCGGGGGUCCAAAGGAUUGUGGGCAGUGGGAGCGCCGUCGCCCGCAACGAGGUGCUGAGGCAGGAGGUGGAGAAGGCGUUUCCUCUGCCGGUGGUUUACGGACAAAACGCGGACUCUGCUGUCGGCGUGGCCAUGGUCCUCUGUGACCUUCUGGGAAAAGAAUCCACGGGGGAAUCCCCGUCUGUUUACACGAUUAAUUGAGAAUUUUGCACAUUGCAGUGCUUAUCGAAUGGCAUCGCUUUGGUUAAGCAAAAAACAACCAGAAAUGCUACAACAUGUAACCAAAAGCAGAUGAUGGAUUCGCCAAGACGGGGAUCAACAGUCUUGUGUGGAGUGUAUUUUUUUUCAUAAGACCUGAUACUAGAGAUUUAUAGCAUAACACAGGGGUGCCAUUUUGCAAAGAUGCUCAUCAUUUAUCAGAAAAUAACCAACUGAAGAGCUCAUUUUUUUUCCCACCGACGGCCACCAUAUUAGAGCGGUACACGGCUCUAAAGGACUUUAAAAAACAUUCUGCUGUUAUUUAGCUUUCCAGCUGCUGGUUUCUGCACCACGACUUAAAUCCGACAACUUCAUGCUCUUUCCCUGUGUUGCUGAAAGGCAUCAUCAUAUGAAAUCAUCAUAUCAUAUGAAAUCCAUGAAAUAGAUCGAGAUCACAGCGCUGCUGGAAUGCUUUGAAGCCCACAGAUUAAAGAUCACAGACUUAUGAUGCAUAACAGGAUCAGGGCGCUUCUUUAAGCAAAAACCACAGCGACUGCAUGGUUCAUGGCCAGGGCCAUGGAGAUGAGGUUGGGGGUUCGAUCCCUGGCCUGCAGCUCCAUGCCAACACUGAACCCUGAAUUUCUCCCGAUGCAGCAUCAUCAGAAACGUGUGUACAUGUUUAUCUGAUGAGCAGGUGGCACCAUAGCCUCGGCCACAGGUGUGUGUGUGUGGUGUGGUGUGUGUGUGUGUGUGUGUGUGUGUGUGUGUGUGUGUGUGUGUGUGUGUGUGUGUGUGUGUGUGUGUGUGUGUGUGUGUGUGUGUGUGGUGUGUGUUGUGUGUGUGUGUGUGUGUGUGUGUGUGUGUGUGGUGUGCGGUGAAUGGUGCCUGUGCUGUACAACUAUCUAGCUAUUAAGGAAACACUUUUCCUCAGUAUUACUGUCAUUUCUUUCCCUUCUGUCUGUCUCAGGGAUUCUGUAUCAUUGCAUGCAAGGAGCUGGUUUCUUUUAACUUCCAUUUAGGCCUGUGGUAUAGAGUCUAAAAAGAUGUAAUAUUCAAAAGUCCCCACAUUAGCCUGAGUCUAGGAGGGUGUACACCGACAGUGUCAGGGGUCCUUUGUGGAAUGAAAAGAAAACUUAAAGCUGUGGUGUGUAACUUUUUGAUAUUAAUGAACAUCUGUCGAGCCAUGGCCAAGUGAGUUGCUACAAAGCUAAUCAGCUCUGGAUCUCUCAGUAUGACUAUGUUCAGAAGCUUGAGUGAAGAUAAUUCACUCCUCUGAAGAGUCCACCAUGUUUUUUAUUCUAUGUGUCCUGCUUGGCUAAUAGCAACUGUGUGAAGGGGGGGGGGUGUCACAUAAGGCUUGUAUUACAGUGGUUCUCAUAAGUUUACAUGCCCAUGCUUAAGUUGACUAAAAAGAGAAAUAAAAAAAUCAUCUGUUGUAAAUAGAUCUUAAUGCCUUAAUUUAAAAAAAAAAAAGGAAAAAUCCAACCUUUUAAGGACACCAAUUUUCUUUGUGAAUGAAUAGUGUAAUGUAAAUAAAUAAAUGUUCUUCCUUAAAGUUAUUUUAUUUUUUGAAUUUUUCUCCAUUAGUUCCCACCUGAUGUGAUGUGAUUAUAUGGUACAAAUAAAUCAGAUAAUUAAU